AUGGACGCCGCAGGAAACUUGGAGCAGGUUUUUUCUGUGCAUAUGGCCGCUCCUGCGUUAGCCGUGUUGCAGCAGCUCCGGAAGGACCUCAGCAAGCAGCAGGCUCAGAAGCUGCUGGACAACCACCGUAACUUUCUUCAGUUGGGCACGUGCAGUUUUGGUCGGCGGGGUCAAACAUCUUACGCAUUGCGCACGGAAGCCGAGGUGCAGCGUCUCUGCAACAUCGCGAACAUAUCCGAUGAAAACGUGGCGCACUUCUGGUCAACGGGUGUCGGUCUGCGUUUACGAGGUCCGCAGGGUGCAGCUGAAGUCCGUGUAGCGCAUACACAUGAUGGCUGCGUGUGUAGUGACGUGGGCGAUACCAGUACAGCCGACACGUCAUCCAUGCGUAUCGAUGAACAACCAACCGACGUUCGCGUUGGGAAUGCAGAGCCAUCCAGCAGCACAGGCCAACUCCGCGUGCCCCUAUAUGCUCGCAGCGACAUAAGCAACUGUGCUGUCGUGCCGCUCGAUGCCCACGCAACGUGUUUGGACUGCGUGCGAUAUGGUCUCAUUGCCGCGGGCGCCACUGAUGUGCCUGCGCCUGAAAUUCUGCUGGCGACCGUGGUGGCCGCCAUUGCCGAGUCUUGGGAGUCACUGCGCUUUCAAGUGCUACACGCCCAUGCCAGCAGCCUCCCCAGCACUUGCACGGCGACGCAAUACGGUGAAGCCCUACAGCAGCACCGGCUGCUGCCAGGCGACGUGGAGCUGGCGGUUCUUGCCCAUGCCUUCAACAUUGCGAUCACAGUGUUUGACCCGGCUGGGCUGCAGAUCUGCUACUGGGGCUCCAGCUCUGCGCCAACAGAAGUGUGCCUCAUCCGGCAGGCGGGCCUUGCUGGUGCGCCCAUGCCUUACCGCCUGCUGGACAUGGUGCCGGGUGUGUGGACAGGGCAACGCCGCCAGCAUCUUGUCGCGGCUUGUCGCGCAGUUGGCCUCUGCAUGUCAGAAACACCGUCCGCCGAGCGGGCUGGUCAAGUGUGUGCUGUCCUGCAGGCGAUGGACAGCCGCUUUGAGGUCACUGUGCAGCAGGUGUUGGCGGAAUGGGCUGAUCAGCAUGAACCAGCGGUUCAGCAGCAGCCCCCGCAGCGGCAGCGGCAGGAGCAGCAGCAAAGGCGUCAGCAGCAGCACCAGCCACAGCAGCGCAGCCGGGCCGCUGCACAGCCAACACGCCAGCAGCACCAUCGACCAUCUGACGGACCAUUGCCCAGUCCUGCUGUAACAGAUGCUGAGCAACACAUUCCUGGGUACUUCGGAGCAUCCUGGCGCAGUGGCCCCGGCCACAGACUUGGCAUCUCUGACUGGCUCGCGGCUUGGAGCGCUGUCACAAGCAUGCUGCUGGCCGGUGCACUUGUGGUGUGCGCCAUGUGCGGUGUCACCAGCACCGACCUGCACAAGGACCUCCAGCGCUGGGCCACUGUCGAGCCAGUCGGUGCUGCCAUUGCGCCAUACUCAUUCCACAACAGCUUGCAUGCCGGCAGCACAACAACACCCGAAGGCCUGUGGCACCUGUGUCCGCACUGUGCUCCAUUGUAUCCAGCGAACAGUGGCAAUGAGCGAGCAGAGUAUCUGGUCUUCCAUCCACCAGACUAUACCAAGGCCAUCGUGUCCUUGGACGCCAUUGACCAACUGCGGAUAGACCUAGUGGAUGUUGGACUUGGCUUCUUUUCAGCGGCCUUUGGAUUUGUUGCCGGCAAGCUUCGGCAGCAGCAUUGCAUGGAAGCGCUGGUCCUGGAUUGGGCACGCAACUCCACACGCCGCGUCAACACGCUGCCCCCGGCACUGCAGGAGGUGCUGGGAUGGAGCGUGCAGCACAACCCGCUUGUCAGGGAGUUCCUUACCGUUGCUGAACAAGUCCCACCCAAUCACCCAUUGCCAUACCUUUGUCCAGCUGAUGUGCAGUCGUUUGUCGCCAGUGAGCAAGCCUGCAAACCACUUGCCCUGGCCACCCUGGAAGCAGCAGAGGCAGCUCGCUCGCUCAUAUCGGUGGUUGUGCCUGCCAUCCAGCGUGCAGCCAUGAAGCAUGCACCCGUGAUGUACACCGCGGGAACAUUGGUUCCGCGGUCGCCCACUCUGCCCGAGCUCAACCUGGCUGUUGCUGCGGACGGGACCCCACUGGACUAUCAGUUUGGCCUGUCUGCGGAGAUGGCCAUGUUCCCCUAUCUGUUUCCCUUUGGUGUUGGCGCAUUUAUGGGCGGCACGACCUUGGUCAAGUACUUGGCAUACCGUGCCAAGUGCCUCUUCAGUGUGUGGACAUUGUGCAAGCCGUACUUGCUGCUCAUGUAUGUUCUUCGCCAAAGCGCCCGGCUGCAAGAGCAGAAUACAGAGGCUGUGCUGGAAAGGGUGCUCCUCGACUACAAGUCUCAGAACCCUAACGCGAGUGAUGAGGAUGCCAUCCAUCACAUUCUCAAGCACAAGCUGCCGGCAACGUUGCCCAACACGCCUGCAUGGCACCGCAGCAACCUCCAAGAUUUGUUGUGCAUGGUGGACCGCUUUGGCAUGCCGUCGUUCUUCCUCACGCUUACAACCGAUGAAGUGUCUGCCACACGCUGGCCCGAAGUGCAGUCGCUGGAGCAAAAGCUGCAGGACAUGGCACUGCCGACGCCCAUGCUCACCAUGCGAAGACGUACCGACUCCUCCGGCGCCCUUCCGAUUCACCCAGCCCCCUUGAAGCGUCCGUCCCUUCCGCCCACCGACUUGGGCGCUUACGGCGCGCCUUCGCCGAGCGGGCCGUCGGGCUCUUCGGCCGGCGCGUCAGCCAAGCCGCCCGUCCACAUCGCCGACCUGUGGGCGCAACUAGCAGCGGCGUCGCCAACAGGCGGAGGCCGCGCUCGCUCCACGCCAUCCGGGGUGCCGAGACGGCCGCUGUCUUUCAAGCAGCAGCUGCUCUUGGCAAGCAUGGGUUGUCACGGCGAGGACGUCCUGCGCGCUAACCACACCAUUGCAGAGUUCAACGUGCUCCUGGCCGAAGCCCGAAAGUACAGGGACGAGUUCCUGGAGCAGCACCACGCCAAGCCCGCCAGCACGUACUUGUACAACAUCACGGCAGCAAUACACGAAGGCGACAUGCCGGACCGUGCGACCGCGACGCAUGCGGCGGUCAUGCAAUUGUGGAUCGCGGCUGCCGGCAGCCUGCGAGCAGAUACCGCCAUAGAGCUCAUUUAUGACUAUGGCAUGGACGCGGGCACCGUCCUCAAGACGGACCAGGAGUUCGCGCGCUCGGUGCUGACGGCCGCGCAGCAGGCGCGAGCGUCGGGCGCCCUCCUGACCACAACCACGCCAGCCAAGCGAGCCGCAAGCAGCCCCGCCGAGCCAGAUUCAAGUGCCUCCCCCCGCACAGUGUAUGUCGGCCAGUCACAGGACCCUCAACGCCGCUUCCAAGCUCAUGCCCGCAACCCACCCAGCCGGAUGAAGGAGGACGCCAGCCGCUACCAACCCUUCCAUGACCACUUCUCGCUCACGCGCCUCAUGUCCACCGCCAAUCCUGCACUGGCCCAACGGAUGGAGGCCUUCUACAUCGCGCAGUUCAAGGCUCGGGGGCCAGGCGGCUACCAUGUGCUGUGCGGGCCGCCUUCCGCCAGCCCGGCCUUCUACGCGAUGAGGCGGCAACGCGCAGGCAGCGCACACACGCCCACCGCCAUCACGGUCCAAGACAAUGACGAUGACGCCCCAGACACGCUCGCCUAGCCCUCACAGCACCUACACGCCUCACGCUUGACGGAGUGGGUCCCGCGUAUUCAGCGCGAGGCUUCCCGACCUUGACCAGUGCUGUUUCAUUAGGGCACGAUCGCCCUUAGGCCGUCAUUCACGGUGCAUACUUGUCCGACCUUAACUCGUGUGUGAACGGAAGCUGCUGCCCUUACGGACGGCAGCGCGUGGGAUGGUCAAUUGCGUGAGGUUUGAGGAUAGGGGGGGGCUCCUUGCGCUCCAUCGCAUGUCCGCUCUUCGAGUGCUCGGGGGGAACUUGGCAGGGUGUAAAACACCCAUCAUGUUCACUGUUCUGGCGUGG